UCGGUUGGAUUUAGAAGCAAUGGGGAUUAGAAAAGAACUCCACCUGAGACGUAAUGGUGAAAAAUUUGAGAUGCCACAAGCGCGCUACACAUUGUCAAAGAAUAAUAAAAGACAACUAUGUGAAUGGCUAAAAUCAGUUAAGUUUCCAGAUGGCUAUGCAUCGAACAUAAGUCGGUGUGUGAAUGUUAAUAAUUGUAAGAUAUCUGGAUUGAAAAGUCAUGAUUCACACGUUCUCUUACAACGUCUCCUCCCUAUUGCUAUACGAGGAUUCUUAAAUUCAGAUAUUUGUAACACAAUAGCUGAGCUUGGUUUAUUUUUCAAGGAAUUGUGUUGUCGAACUGUCAAAGUGGAUGUCUUAGAGGCAAUGGAAAGGGACAUUGCUGUUAUACUAAGUAAGUUAGAGAUGAUAUUUCCUCCGUCAUUUUUUGACAUUAUGGUGCACUUGGCUCUGCAUUUGCCGCGUGAAGCCAUCAUCGCAGGCCCUGCACAAUAUCGAUGGAUGUACCCGAUUGAAAGAUUUUUGCAUACUCUCAAAUUGUACGUCCGUAACAAAGCACGUCCGGAAGGGUCCAUUGUGGAAGCUUACGUGGACGAUGAGUGCCUCACAUUUUGUUCAAAAUUUCUUGGAGGGAUUGAGACAAGGUUCAAUAGAGAAGAAAGAAAUAGUGAGGGGAACUACAACAAUAAUUGGUCCACAUUUUAUGAUCUAAAGCAAGUGGUUCGACCGAUAGGAGCACAAAGUUUGGACAUAUUGCCCCGUGCGGACAUAGAGAUGGCCCGAUUGUACGUUUUACAGAAUUGUGAAGAUGUUUUGUCAUAUGAAGAAAAACACAAGGUAGAACUUGAGAGAGAAAAUCCGCGCAAUGUUCCUCAAAGACAUGCUAAAGAAUAUUCGAGGUGGUUCGAAACAAAAGUAAGUCCAUUAUGCACCUAUUGUACUUAAUUAAAUAAAAUUCUUUAAUUUAAUUAAAAUGAACUGUCAUUCAU